UGCCGCGACCGCGACUUUUCUGUCUGCGCCGUGCUAAGUCGACGCUGCGACUCUGGGCGAUCGAGGUGCGCGCGAGCUGUGUGAGUGCGCGAACGGCAGCAGCUUUUAGUUAGUUUGCUAGUUUGAUUGGUGCACACGGCGCGCAUAGUGAAAUUGAGAGUGCGUCGCGCGAUUUUACAAACACCGGAGAUUUAAACUCGUUUUUCCGAAGCGCAGUACUUAACAAAUAUCCACGAUGUCGAGCUCAAGGAUCGAACGAAAAGAAUAUCAAUCAUCGCAUACGAGCAGCAGUCGCACGUUGUCGCCUCAAAGUUACUCACGCAAUGGCGGCACACAAUUCGACAACAGUCUGGAUCAUUUGCUGGAUGAUUUGCAAAGCACAGUAUCCCGUCCAUUGACCAACGGCAACACAACAAGCAACGUUUAUAAGGAAUCGCGGGUAGAUAAAUCCUCUUUGAAGAGUCCUCAUUUGAUCAACGCUACUCCAGUCACCGAUUACAGCAUCAACGAUUCAUAUAGCUAUACUGAUCCAGAUGGUACUCAACAUUACAAAACAGUCAAAACUCAACAUUAUCAUUACAACAGCAAAGGCGGCACUGAACUACCACCGGAAAAACUACGAAUGCAAGAUAACAUCAAUCAAUUGGAUUCGUUAUUAGAUGAUUUACAGCAGGCUAAACAAUCUGAUUCAAUUAUGGGAGUAAAUGUAAAUAACAAUUCAAUUCAGCAUCAAGCUGAAUAUCAUAAGAGUAGGACUAGUAGCGGUAAGACUAUUGUUGAACGCGCUGUACCAUCAUAUGCCGAGAGAACCAGGUCUUUGGAACGCAGUGAGAAUCGUUCGCAGACUUACCACCAAAAUGAAGGUAGUUACGGUGACAUUAAAUCAUUGCGUACCCGUACUCCUUCGCCCACAUUUACCAAGAAGGUCAAUGUACAAGAAUAUCCAGUCGAGGUGAUCGAAACCACCAAUCCAGACAUCAACCCACAAGUCCUUGCUGGCCUGGAUCCCGAAAUCCUUCCAAGUGGCAACACUAAGGUCACCACAACAAUUAAAACCUACACCUAUGAAAUACCCGGCAAUGUUGACCCCGAUCAAUACAUCCAGAAAGCCCUUCAACACUCAGUCAAUCAAUACGAAGGCCAACAAUCAAAUCAAUCAAUCACGACGCCGAGUAAAAGUUUUGUUUACACAACUAAGAAUUAUGAGAAUGCAUCCAACGCCAGCACUUUGACGCGUACGGGAACUCGUCCGGUCACUCCGACCAGCCCUCACAGCGAUCGCAAAGUCAUUCGGGAAACCAUCACUACGAAAAACUAUCAUCCUGAUAACAAAAUCUACACGGACACCGACGGCAAGCGCACUUACAUUUACAACGAGACGGUGAAGACGAGAGAUUAUAAAGACUUUAUCCCCGGAAGUCCCAGUGGUCGUUCGACACCUAACCCCGUUCAUCAGACCGGUCAUGUUUCGCGACCACACACGCCCAGAAACGACACGUUUCAAACCAGAGAGUAUCAUACAGAGACGACUACACAUCGCAGUUCUAGCCGAGGACCACGUGAAGAUUCUCCAGACAGGACUAGCUUGCCGCCGGUAACUACAACUAUUCACAAAUUUGACUCAAUGUCCAAUUUGAAUGCCAGGCAAUAUCCCGAUGUGGAGACUUUCGAUCCCAAACAUCCUCCGGGUAAUGGAAAUGUCAGCCCAGUACAACAGUAUCCCGUACAGGUGUAUCCAGAAGAGCCAGAAGUGAACAUCACUUAUAAAUAUCGCUCGACCACUAACACUACGAACAAAUACAAUACGGAACGGUACGAUAAUGAACCAAUAUUGCCAAGGAAGUUUCCUACAGAUGAGGUUGAAGGACCACCGAAACGUUUAGAUGAUUUAAUGGCGCAAAUUGGCAAUGAACCUCCAACAAAUGUUUACAAUUCUGGUUGGAGUGCUCACGAACGUGAACUGCAGGAGCAACGCAAAAUCGACGCACUAAAGGCAUCGCAAGACUACGAACGCAAGAAGCGAGAAGAACCUCUAUCUAAAAAUAUCACUGGUCAACCAGUGUACUAUCCACCUGAACAUCAAAUGUUUGCUCAGAAAGAGGAAGCAGCUUGGCGAGCACAAGGAGCCAUGGCAAAAGAAAGUGGUAAAUACAAAUACGAAGCAGAAAGCAAGAGCAAAAGUAAAAGCAGUUCUGGCGCUGCAAUCGUUCCAGUUUGUUUGCCAUUAUGCUGCGGCUUGCCGUGCACUAUCAUAUAAGAAGAUAUAUUUUGUUUUAUGAUAAAAACACUUAUGUUAUCAAUUACAUUAUAAAAUCUCUUUCAUGUUUAUGUAUCGUAAGGAACAUUCGUAGCGUUUUGCUUUUGACGAGAUAAUCCGAUGAGAAUAUCAGGUGCCAUUUAUUUAUCUAAUGAAUUUACGUAUGAUGAUUUUACAAGUUUAAUUAUUUAUAUAUUUUUAUUCUUAUUAUAAUAAUACUUGUUCACGUAACUACUUAACGAAACUAUUAUCUAUAUUGCCAAUCUUAUUGUUCUUGUACAUAAAACAAAAAGAAAAAAAUCGGAAAAGAACUAAAACAACACAACACUACUUAAGAAGUGUUUGUUGAUUUGUUAAUGUACUAUACAUAUUGUAUUUUUAUUAAAAAUGUAAUUAUGAUAUGUUAUUUAUAUUAAUAAGCACGUUUUUCACUAAUUCCUAUUAACCAUGAAGUAAGUUAAAUCAUUAAAAUGUAUUUUAGUACGAAAUAAUAAUUAUACUUAUUUA